UCUUCACAGUAGCGAGUCAGAAAGUAUAGUCUGAACGCCUGCGGCAGGUUACAUGAAAUUAUAUAAAAACUCGCUGGCAGCUAGCCCUUCUGAAAGAGCGUGUGGUCUAUGAUUAAGAAAAAAUGCCCAAUGAUGCAUUUGGUUAAAUGCAGUAUGCUUCUUAUCUUGCUGGCAUAUGCAGCUUGUGAACAUCAUGGUGAAAACCUGGAGUGUGAAAGUAACACUCAAGCUCAGCCACGUCUGGGCCACCGCAUUCAACUCCUCUUCCCACUGCUAAUUGCUGUCGCAGCACGCUUAGGUGCCCUGCUACCAAUGGCUGGCAGCAUCCUCGCAGGUGUUGCACUUAUGGUGGUGUUUGCGAAGGUAUCACUCAUUGUCAGUACAGUGACACUCUUAGUAUCUUCAUUAUCAGCCUUCCAGAGGGAAGAACACUAUGUUGUAUCAAUACGACAAGAAAGUCCAUACCAUUUGCCAAAUUCACAGUGAGUGGAUACUUCCCUUUUCAACAUUAAGACUGAAAAAGUAACAAAGUGUGUAAGUACUUAAAAUGAGUGUAAAUAUAUGUGAAAAAUGGAUUAUAAAUUUACUUCGGUUUUGGAGGAUAAUUUGUAUCUAUUUCAUUGAUGUAAGUCAGUAGAGGAUACUUUGUUCUUAUUACCUCAGUGUUAUGCUUGAGAUAAAAUUGUAUUAAAUAUUGGGGUAACUGUUUUUAUUCCCAUCAACUAAAUGCAUUAAUUUUCCUACAUUUGUGUGUUAUUGAUAUAUUCCUUUGUAUCUUGACUUCACUAUGUCCGUCUUAACAACUGCCUUUAAUAGCCCACUCAGUCACCCUUCUUCCUUUUGUUUCCACAAUUUCCAUAUUUCUCUGUGCAUGCAUUAUUUUAUGUGAUUUCUCUAUGACCUCUUGAAGAUGAAAAGGAACCAAAACAGGGUACAAACAAUAGUGAGAAUGUCAGGAAUAUACAAAAACCUAAAGGUACACAAUAAUCGUACUGCACAAGGCAACAGUGAAACUAGCAGCUGUGAAGGUCAUUUCAGCCCUUUCAGUAUCCACACCGGACUGGAAUAACUGAACCACAUCCUUCAUCAUGGCUUUAA